AGUUUAGGUAACAGAAAAACACAAAUAACCCUCUCUUGACCGCUGUUACGUAAACUGUCAAGUCAAAAGUGUUAUCCUUCUCUGGGAACGAAAUCGUUCACGUGAAGGAUAAAUUUUGGAAUUUACGGGUCUAUUUGUGUGUUGAUUACAUAAUUCAGGUCCAGUUGACUUUUGUUCAGGGAAUUUUUUGACCAGUUACCACCCUUGGUCAACAUGGCUGCUAGCGUGGGGAGGAUUUGUGGUGCAGGACUUCUGAAACCGGCCUGUGGGAUUACAUCAAGCCAGAUUAGUUCCUUUUCGACAACAAGAGAAUGGACCCGAGGUCGGAAAACUUUGUUGGGCACAUUGGGAGUGUUAACAGGAGGGGUAGGUGCUUUAGUUUAUGCCCUCGAACAAUCUGUCAAAGCAUCAGACCUGGAAUUACAUCCUCCCAAGAAUCCAUGGAGUCAUAAUGGUAUUCUUAGUUCACUUGAUCACGCAAGUGUGAGGAGAGGAUAUCAAGUAUAUAAGCAAGUGUGUGCAGCAUGUCACUCCAUGAGAUUCAUUGCGUAUCGUAAUUUAGUAGGGGUGACUCACACGGAAGAAGAAGCGAAAGCGGAAGCAGAAGAAAUCAUGGUUACUGAUGGCCCAGAUGAGAGUGGAAACAUGUUCCAGCGGCCUGGAAAAUUAUCAGACUAUUUCCCCAGUCCUUAUGCUAAUGAAGAAGCUGCUCGUGCAGCUAACAAUGGAGCUUUCCCUCCAGAUCUUAGUUAUAUUGUUCUAGCUCGUCAUGGAGGGGAGGACUACAUAUUCUCUCUGCUUACUGGAUAUUGUGACCCACCUGCUGGAGUUAUAUUGAGAGAUGGACAAUACUUCAAUCCUUAUUUCCCAGGAGGUGCUAUUUCAAUGGCACAAGCAUUGUUUAACGAAGUAUUGGAAUAUGACGACGGAACGCCUGCCACUGCCAGUCAAUUAGCCAAGGAUGUUGCUACUUUCUUGAAGUGGACCGGAGAGCCAGAAUUUGAUGAUCGUAAACGCAUGUUCAUUAAAGCAACUGGCAUCUUUACUCUGCUGAUUGCAAUUACGUUUUAUUAUAAGAGGCAUAAAUGGAUUUCUCUUAAAACACGUAAAAUUGAAUUUAAACCAAGAAAGUAGACAAUAGUUGAGUACUCUAUAGCGUGACUUUACUGGCUAGUUCUGUUAAGUGAAUGUAAAAUUAAAUUUUGUAAGUUUUAUUUAUCAUGUCAUGUUGUACAUAAGUAGGAAAUUUAACACAAAAAACUUAAAAAAUUGGUCUCUUUCAUUACCAUUUUACUGUGUCAUGAUACCAGACGUGUCACGUUAUUUGUUACAAUAUAUAUUAUUUAAAUUUA